GCGCAGAGCGGUGCAGAGAGAUCUCAGUGCUUUAAAAGCGGGCGUCACCUGCGGCUCUGCAUCAUCAGCAUCUUCAGUCCAAGAGAGAGGAAGAUUGAGAGAAAUAGAGAGAGAGAGACGCGCUGAUGCUGUUGCAGCUGAUUAUCAUAUGCAAUGAUGUCACUGCAAAAACCUCCCCUGAGACGCAGCGCAUCUUCCAUAGAAUCAACCAAUCACAACAGUUCUUUGUUGACCGCUCCCACUUCCCUCAAUUUACGCUCAUCGCACAACCAGCAGCUAAACUGCGACACAAUAAAGGAGGGUGUGGUCGCGGUAUGCAAGGAAACGCAAAGUUCCGUGGCCCCUCCAAAGAGUCGUCAAAAAUACGCUCUUACGAAUAUGCAUAACGCCAUGGGUCUGAGCCAAAACCCCGCCCCUUCAACCCAAAGCCACGGCAGAUCUGCCCCAACCAAAUCUGCCUCUUCUUCAUCUCUCUACUGCUCCUCUGCAGUUUCUCUCUCAUUUUCAACGUCCAAUCCCAAACUGGCCAAAAACGGAACCAACCUUCAACUCAAAGAAGAACAGCUGGACCUCAACAAAAACAAGAACCACAACGAUGUCAUGUGCAGGAGCAGCUGUGAUUGGCUGGAGGGAAAAGACAACCAGAAGAACCCUACAAUCAGAAGGAGGACCAAGAGUUUUCUAGAAUACCAUCGAGUGGAGGAGGUGUCCAGCAGCCCCGAGAAAGACCUAAACACGCAGGAGGAGGAGAAGCACAUCCUCUCUAACAUGGAGGUGCAGACCUGGACCAAAGAGAACCACGUGGAGGCCCACCUCACCCUCCCGCAAAACCACCUGCUCCUGCUGGCCAGUGAGGAGGAGCAGAGCCUCAAACCCGUGGAUGUUUACGAGCACACGCUUCACCCAAACAAUGAGCGGGCGAGCCACGGGCCGGCAGAUAAAGGAGGUUCUCCGGACAGAGUCCGGCUGCAGGUCCAAAUGAAUCCGGCGUACACGUUUCAUCUGGGGCUGAGAGGUGACGAGGCUGACGCCUCAGCUGGACGACGUGCACAACCUGAAAAACAGGUGGAGGAAGAGGAGGAAGAGGAAGAUUCUAGCUGGACAACACUUUCGCAGGAGACUCCAUCUGUAGAAACCCCUCAGGAGACCUCAGGCCUUUGGGAAGAACGUCUACAUGUGGAGGAUGCAUCGCAGGAGUAUUUUUGGCAAGACUCUGCACAAAGAAACACCUCCACAGCCUGUGACACCCAUGCUGAACUUAAGGUUGAGCCUGUUUUACAAAUGGAUCGGGAGGUGAAGGAGGUCUGCCUAUCUUUGCCCCCCUCUAAAGCUCAAAGUGAGAGGCCCAGCAGUAUAGUGUCAGACAGUUCUGUAGAGCCUGUUCCCUCACCAGCAGCUUCCUCAAUCUCUUCUUCCUCACUGUGUAAUGAAACGAUGGGACGAGCUGCCUCGUUCCUUAACAACAACUAUCUGAACCUAACAGAGACAUCUGAGCCCAGAGAGAGAGAGGAUCAAAGAGAGAAAGAGAGAGAAGGGGCGAGAGAGAUGGAGCGAGAGAGACAACGAAACAGAGAGAGUUUGGGAGCACAUGGUGGACCGUACAGCUUCAUUAACCACAGAGCCCAAGUUUCCACCGGCCCGGCAGACACAGUCAUACCCAUCAAUGACAUGGACACACAGGUGUUCUGGGUACAUUAUCUGGGCUGGUUGGAGGUUCGAGAUGUUGAGGUGAUGUCCAGAAAGAGCAGCGCUGUGAUCAAUGACUGUAUCCAGCAGCUGCAGCGGGAACACGAGCAGACCGGAGAUAAAGCUGAGGGUGAAGCGAUGCUGUUGGUUCUGCAGGAUGUCACUCUUACCCUGAUGGACCCUAUUGAUCACACCCUCCUUCACUCUCUGCCAAUCAGCUGCAUGCAUGUGUGGGGAGUGGGGCGGGGCCUCAGCAGGGACUUUGCAUACGUGGCCCGAGACAAGAACACACUUGUAUUAAAAUGUCACGUUUUUCAAUGUGAUGGUCCUGCACAAUCCAUCGCCAGCAGUCUGACACAGAUCUGUUCAAAGAUUAUGGCCGAGAGGAGGAGUUUGGAUUCUGCAGCUGGAUCUAAAUCUCAGAUGAGUUCUGAGGUUCCUUUGAGAGUAGAGUUUCCAACACCAAAGACAGACCUACAGCAGAGCUUUCAUGUGUUGUACCUGGGGACGACCUCAGUGCUGAGACCUAUAGGCAUGGACAUGAUCAACGGGGCGAUCGAGAGUCUGAUGUCGAAUGCAGGGAAAGAGGACUGGACUCCCGUCCUGCUGAACGUCGCCGAUGCCACCGUUACCGUCUUCAAAGAGAAGGAGGAGGAAGAAGAGGUGUUAGUGGAGUGCCGUGUCCGCUUUCUCUCCUUUAUGGGUGUUGGCCGUGAUGUCCACACAUUUGGGUUUAUCAUGGAUACUGGAAACCAGCACUUCCUGUGUCACGUGUUCUGGUGUGAACCCAACGCUGGAAGUGUGUCAGAGGCCGUGCAGUCGGCUUGCGUGUUAAGAUAUCAGAAGUGUCUGGGAAAGAGAAGCUCUUCGUCUCCGCCCCCCGUCGACUCCAUAACACGCCGUGUGACGUCCAGCGUGAAGCGAGGUGUCCAAUCAAUUAUAGACACUCUGAAAAAGAAACCCGCCCCUGAGGUUCCCCACCAAUGACAGGACAGAGACGCCUUGAUGGACACCUGGGGAUGGGGGUGGGAUGUAUGCAGCAGCAGCCAAGCAGAGAAAAACACAAGCCAACGAAAAUAAAUAAAUAAAUAAUGCGAGCAUCGACCCGCCGAGAGUCGAGCGAGAUGUCAAAGCGCUUAAUGAGACUCAUUUCACCCUCGAGCUUUGAUCUCAAUCAUGUCAGAUGCUGAAGAAAGCAUGUCUGCCGUACACGAUCAUUCACAUUAUUGUCACAGUUUUUGGAGGGUGUGAGAGUGAAAUCGGGUGUGCCACACCGUGUGUUCCUCCUGUAAUCGUCAUCCAACAUUUGGGUCAGAACUGUGCCAUAGUGUUUCAUUUCAAAGCAUUGUUCAUUCAAACACCAUGGGAAUUUAGAUCCUUUGAAGUUUUUUCCCUACCCCAAGAAAUUGAGUGGAAAUUUUCCGCAGUUGAGAAAAGAUUUGUGUACCAUGUCAGGUUUUGUUUGAUGAUAAAUCUGUCCAACUGUGACUUGAUGAUACAGUAUUUAUAUUAUCAUAAUACACGAGAGCUUGUCUUUAAUAUCUGUCUUCAGAGCAGUAAGAUCACAAACUGAAUGUUUCACACUUAAAAGCAAAACACUAACAUUGCCUAGACUGAACACGUGUGACACAUCACAACACAUAAAAACCGAAUGGUCUUCCUCUUCCCCCUUAAAAUAUUUAGCUUUAUAAAUAUCACAUGAAUGUAUCUUCUGUUUUUCUGAGGCGAAUUCACUUGUCACGUUUCUAAAUCUGUGAACGAGUAGUUGUAACAUUACAACAACCUUAAUUUUUAUACCAGGAGAUAAUUAGUUAAAAUUAUAGUCAUGAAAUGUAAAUGAUUUUAUUUUUACUGUACUGUUUUAAAGAUUCCCCUCCAGCUGAUGUCUGUUAUAUCAGCAUAGACAAAGUUUAAAGUCCCCAUGAAAUCAAAAUAUUUUUUAUGGAAUAUUGUAGUAUUUAUUAUAAACAGUUUAUCCAUGUGGGUCAUUAUUUUAAAAAAAUCAUGUGUCCUCAUAAACUUUAAUCAAAAUCUGUGGCGAUCAUUGUCUGAUGAUGUCAUCUAGACGCUUGGGCGGGAGCAUCCGUUAACCCCGCCCCUCUCCAACUGUCAUUAGUUCCAUUUCAGAAUUAAACGCCUACUUUUCUACUACAAGCCACGCCCACUAUUUUCCUUAUGUGGUAUUCGGUUUUACUCUGAAAUGCAUCACAAUAUGGAAGUUGAUUGCGACUUCCUAGUCAUGGGGACAUUAAGGCCAGAAAUAUCUGUCCGUAACAUGCGUUGUGUUGUGUUACUGUGGUCAGUACUCAGUGGUCAGUGCAGAGAUUUCCAUUGUCUGUGCCACUUAUUAUUCAGGUGGCUAUAAACAACUUUCUUAUCACACCGUCACACAAGCACCAUCAUGAUGAAGAGAAAACUGACAACGAAGCUAUGGUGCAGCAAUGUGUACGCGCAUACUUGCUUAGAAUAUAUUUCUUGCCUGCUAUAAGCUUCAAAUGUCGAAAAUACACGUGAAUGUUAUUGAAACACAAUGUAUUUCCAAACUCAGAUAAACAGAGUUAAAACAUUCAUUUUUACACCAUAUUAAUGUAAUCUGUUGUGGAAAUAAAUUGAAACCAAACAAAAGUGCUCUAUGUUUUAAUUGUAAGUAAACUGCAUGUACAGUAAAUAACACUGGAAAAUAUGCAUGUUUGUUAUUGCACCAAUGCUUAAAAAGUAUAAAGUUUAGUAAUAUAAACUAGCAUUGAUCUUUUCCUCACUCUUUUGGGCACUUAGAGUUAAAGGGGACAUUUCACAAGACUUUUUUAUGAUGUCAAAUAAAUCUUUGGUUUCCCAAGUGUACGUAUGUAAAGUUUUAGCUCAAAAUAUCAUAUAGAUAAUUUAUUAUAACAUGUUAAAAUUGCCACUUUGUAGGUGUGAGCAAAAAUGUGUCCUUUUAAAUUCAAAUGAGUUGAUCUCUGCACUAAAUGGCAGUGCUGUGGUUGGAUAGUGCAGAUUAAGGGGCGGUAUUAUCCUUUUAUGACAUCACAAGGGGAGCCAAAUUUCAAUUACCUAUUUUUUCAGAAGCUUGCCUAGAAUGGUUUACCAAAACUAAGUUACUGGGUUGAUCUUUUUCAUAUUUUCUAGGUUGAUAGAAGCUCUGGGGAGCCAAUUAUAGCACUUAAAUAUGGAACAAAGUAAGAUUUUCAUGAUAUGUCCCCUUUAACACUCUACUUUUUUGGAAAAUAUGCUCAUUUUCUAUCUCCCCUAGAGUUAAACAUUUGUUUUUUACCAUUUUGGAAUCCAUUCAGCCGAUCUCCGGGUCUGGCGCCACCACUUUUAGCAUAGCUUAGCAUAAUCCAUUGAAUCUGAUUAGACCAUUAGCAUUGUGCUCAAAAAUAACCAAAGAGUUUCGAUAUUUUUCCUAUUUAAAACUUGACCCUUCU